UCUCAAUGUACGCCUUCUUCUUCCCUCUGCUGGUGAAGACUUAAACCUCAACCUCCGAUAGGGUAAGGGUCCGUCAUUGGGAUGGGUGGCCCAGCGAGGGCUCUUCUCGGCGGGUUCAGCACCACCACUUCUUCCCUGCAGGUUGGCGCUCGAAUGGCUUGGCCCAGCAACAAGCCCCUGGACCUCAACCAGACCCUGUCGCUCGGGUUAGGGUUCGGGUUCGGCAGCGGAGGUGCGGCGGCCAUGAGUGCAGGUCUAGACAAUUUCACCCAGGAGUCGGUGACCAGGUCGGCGAUCAAGGACAAGAACUGGCCGGCACUGCUCAUACUCGUCAUCAUCGCGCUGACCAUUGGCGGCAACAUCCUGGUGAUCCUAGCAGUGUCGCUGGAGAAGAAGCUCCAGAACGCCACCAACUUCUUCCUGAGGUCGCUGGCCGUGGCAGACAUGCUCGUGGGCAUCCUGGUCAUGCCGGUGUCCCUCAUCAACAUCCUCUAUGACUACGCCUGGCCCCUCCCCAGCGCCCUGUGUCCCAUCUGGAUCUACCUGGACGUGCUGUUCUCCACCGCCUCCAUCAUGCACCUGUGCGCCAUCUCUCUGGAUCGCUACGUGGCCAUCCGAAACCCCAUCGAGCACAGCCGCUUCAACUCCAGAACCAAAGCCAUGAUGAAGAUUGCCGCCGUCUGGACCAUAUCAAUAGGUGUGUCGAUGCCCAUCCCGGUGAUCGGCCUCCACAACGAGGACAAGGUCUUCGUCAACGGCAGCUGUGUCCUCAACGAGGAGCGCUUCAUGCUGAUUGGUUCCUUCGUGGCCUUCUUCAUCCCGCUGGUCAUCAUGGUGGUGACGUACUGCCUCACCAUACAGGUGCUCCAGAGGCAGGCCACUGUCUUCCUGUACGAGGCAAAGACUUCCUCCCAGCAGCCUUUGCACACACCAGCAAUCACAUUGCAGCCUCCGCCCAGCACCUUCUCCCUUCCUCAGAUCAACACGAUCUCUCCUUCAGACUCGCAGGAGCUGAAGCCCCCUCCUCCUCAGAGCAGACGCAACACACUGGGCUGUCUGAAAGCAGCAGAGCCCGGCAUGCUGCUCAGCACCCUGACGCCGGACUCCAUCAGCAUCGUCGGCAGCUCCGAGGUGGCGUCGCAGCUCAGCUCGCCGGCCGCGGGGCCCGGGCGGAGCGACAACUCGGGAUGCCACGGGCGACGAGGCAUGAUGCAGGCCAUAAAGAACGAGAGGCGGGCCUCAAAGGUCCUGGGAAUCGUCUUCUUCCUCUUCCUCAUCAUGUGGUGUCCCUUCUUCAUCACCAACGUCACCUUCGUGCUGUGCCGGGGCUCCUGCAACGAGUCGCUGCUCAACGACCUCCUCAACGUCUUCGUGUGGGUGGGCUACAUCUCCUCUGGGGUGAACCCUCUGGUCUACACCCUCUUCAAUAAGACCUACAGGCGGGCGUUCUCCAGCUACAUCAGGUGUCAGUACAAAGCGGGGGCCAACGCCGCCGGACAGAGUUGUAAAACCCUCCUGGUGGCCCCGCAGUGCCCGUCGCACUCCGUGACCCCGCUGCUGAUGAUCCGGGACGGGAAGGCAGGCAUAGACCGCAACAGUAACUGUCGUAACGGGGGCCAGGGGGACAACGGGAGGCUGGCGGUGGACCCGGACGACAUUACCGACGACGAGACACAAAUCGGAAUAGUGUCGCAGAGCCUCUCCGAGUGCCAGAACAUCGGGAUGCUCUCGGAGACGGAGGUGGAGCCGGAGACGGAGAUGGAGCCGGAGCUGUCACUCAUCAGCUAUAUCCCCGCCUCCAGAGAAGACACCAGCAGCGUGUGAUUGCGUGUUCCUUUUGCGUGUUAUUUCGUAACCUGCAGACUCUGGGCCGAGCAAAGAGCCAGAAAUCCUAUGACGUUGCGAUGAAAACCUGCAGUUGGGGCUUUUAUUGAGAAAGGACCAGGUUGAUGGAGCCUCAUCCAAGUGCAAUACAUUCUACAAAACUCAAAGAUAGAGUUUUAAAAUGAAAGUUUUUGACGUGUUUCUUUUCUAUCAGGUGACAAAAUGCUGGUUCUCAUAGCAUAAAGGGAGGAUUGAAGCAGUCACAGUGGUCUCCAUGGGGACUAAACUAGAGGAUUUGACAAAAAAGCAGUCUCAUAGUUAACCUGGCAUGACGUCACAUGGCCCUCCAUGGAGUCCCACUGACGCAGGUUACACAGUCAAGCUACUACGACUCGAGGCCUUCACACAGUCCUGAUGCAGUCCGAGCUCUGCUUCACGUGGACCCUCCUCCACGCCAAGCCAACUAAACCAAAAUCUAUUUUUGUGCCGGUCAAGCUUUGGCUACAACAGUCAUAGCAAAUCGUAUCUGAAUGAACCUUUCCAGCAUGUAUAAUCAAACUGUUCAGCCGACAGAAAAAGGGACUUCUCUCCGAAGGAAACUUUCUCCAGAGGAAGGAGAUGAAGGAAUGUACGACGGGUGGAGUCACAGUGCUAUCUGGUGGUCGCACCUGGGAUUGAACGAGGGUCUUAUAUAUAGAGCUAAACACAUGCAGGUCCAACACAGCUGUCAGGCUCUUUGCUUCUGUUGACCACUGAAAAAAAAGUCCCAACUUUUAAAGGUUCCAAUAAAGUAAGAGGGGGCACCGUUUGUAACGUGGGGGUGCACAAACGCACCUCAGAUGUCAUUCUUAAAAGGAAUCAAAUAUAGAUAGAUUUAGUUUUUCAGUCACUGUCAUUGCUUUCAUUAAUCAGCAACCCAUUAUCAUACAUUUAAUAUUUCAAAACUCACUUUCCAAGAUGUUCCUUACUUUGGUUUUCCCCAAAAACUGAAUAAUUGAAGACAUUUAAUGAUGCAAAUUCAGCAUAUUGAGAUUAUCCUGCACUUUUAUCCAAUGAUUGGCCACCUGUACAUGUCCUAUUAUCAGAUCACACAUCCACAGAGCAAGAAGAAGCAGAAAAUUAGGGUUUUCUAUUCAAAAUCAGGCAUUAGACUUGUGCUUCUCUCACCAUAAAAACAAAAUUUGCUUCGUCGAGGUCAAAGAGGACGAACAGAAGGUGAGCUCUGGUGUUUAAAGGUGUAUAUAUGCCGUGAUGACGGGUUUUAGGGAUAAAAAGCCUGCCAAUAUCUCCCAAGAAUUGCAGCUUUGACCCCUGAUUCAACAGUCUUGACCUCUCUGAUCUCUGUCCACGUUACAGUCCGUUUAGCGCGAGCCACCAGAGUGGGACUCAGAGAGCGAAUAGCUUUAGAUUUCAUCUGUCGCUCGAAUCGGACAGAAAGUCAAUACACUACGAGACAGACCCCUGACUCUAUAAAGACCCACUCUCACAGCUCCGUCUUACACCUCCCUCCUCCCAUGAUUUAUUGGCAAUCCUAGUGAUUCCUCCACGUCUCCCAUCGGCUGAAACAUCUGCGAUACACUGCCUUUAGAAGAGGACUCAAUAUUGUGUGGGUUUAGCAUCAAACUGAAAAUAAAGAAGAUAAAACUCGUAUAAAAGUGAUCGGCUUUGUAGGGUUAGUUUUAUACAGCUAAAUGGUUCGUGUUGUAAAGGACAUCCAUUCAGAAAAGUGAGGUCUUAAAGAGCCACUCCACCAAUUUACACUUUAUUUGGAAGAUGUGGGCAAUUAGGGAGCAGCAGAGAGAUUCAACGGAGGUGCAUUAUGGGAAUUGUAGUGUUUUUAACAGAUUGACACUACCAAUCUUGAUUUCUCCUCCUCUGCUGCUUCGAUUUCUUUCUUUUUAGUCUCCUAACAUUAUUGAAGUGCUCGCUGGAGUACUCCUUUAAAUUAGGAAAAAACUGAAUUAAAGAAGUCAAUUAUUGAGUUGAAUAGUCAAUAUUUCAUUCUGGUGAAACUCCCUUCAGCCAAAAGUACAAACAUCUGAAUGUAAACCCCCCCCCCCCACACCCCCUUUUUUUUACUCUUUCAAGGUCAAAAAGCAAAGCCAGCAGCGGACCAAUCACAUCCAGAGCCUGAGGUCUGCAGAAUUAGAAUGAACCAUGGGAACUGGGAGUCCCUUCAUUCUGAUUAUGUGCAUCUCUGUAUCAUCCCUCCACCAUGUGUACGCUACAGACUUCCACAGUGGUCCUUGACACCACUUUCCUCUCCACAGGGAGGGGGUCUACAUGAGCUAAUGUUGGCAAGCCGCCAAGGUUUGCCGACAAAUAUUGUGCAUGUUUGAAGUAAUGUUCAAAAGGUCCUCUCUGCCUCAUUCGUUUUGUUAUUUUUGGUUCUGUUUUUUUUAAUACUUGUAAGGAAGGAAACUUAGUAAAAAGAACAAACAAAGAGCAAUCAACAAAAUGCACAUUGCAAAGAGUUUGCAGGCAUUUCAUCUUUUUCUAAACACCAACAUAAACAAGAGAAGAAGAAGAACGGGUUGUCUUUGUUGCAUCCAGGUGUGAGCAAACAGAGCUGAAGUCAGACCAGCCAACUCAGUGUGUCGCAAUGUAAUACCUGUGUGUUUCCUGUGUGUGUGCCGGGCCCGGAUCAAACUGCUACCUGAAAAUGAUCCAGUAAAUGUGUUAUCGAUGGAUGCUUCAGGUUGUCCCCGCAGAUCCUGUCCGGCACACGUCCAGACAGAUGAAAGCAAUCACUGGGACAAAGCUUCAAGAGGGAUUUCAACUAAUACUUUGAUCCAGGUCUGGUGUGUAUAGAAAUAGUAAGAGGCGUUUAUUGACAGAGUUUCAUAUUAGUACCUUUCAGGAGGGAUGAUUUGGUUUUGUUCCCUCUCUGUUACUGUAAAAUGUUUCCUGCUCAAACAAUCACAGCAUAAAAUAACUCCAAACAUAAAUGCUUUCAGACAACAGGAAGUGGUUGUUUUAUAUGAAGCGAGAACCAAGAGACUGUUAGCCUAGCUUAGCAUAAUCACUGGAAGCAGAGGGAACAGCUAGCCUGAAUCUAUCCACAUUUUUUUAGACCGCACAAAAACCAUUUUGGAACCUUUUUUUUUGGGCCAUAAAUACAUCCCUCUAUAAAACUACAAUUUUUGUUUAUUUUCUACAAAUGUAAUAAGAUAUAAGAUGUUCAUUAGUUGGCUGUGGAGAGUUUGGAGACAGAUUCCUUCUUUUCUUGGACAGAACCAAACCAACUCCCCUUGUUUCCUUGAUUAGUGCUAAGCUAGGCUAAUUAACUACUCUCGUUUACUACACAGAAAUGGGAGGGGUAUCGAUCUGUUCAUCAAACUGAAGCAAUCAACCACACCACUGCAUCCUAGCAAUGUCAAAGAAUGUAGGAACUUCGAUAAGGCCUGGCAAGCUAACUUUUCCUACCAUUUGUGAGAAACCUUCAGAUUCUACGGUCCAAACCUUCUUCUGUCCCAGCAGCUGUCUCACCUAUCCUCCCAAACAUGAACCUCUGUCAGUAACCGUCUCUGAGAAGAGCCAGGGCUGCAGGAUGUUCAAGAGUUUGGCAAACCCAACGUCUCCAGAGCACCUUUCUGUAUCAUCAGCACACACACACACACUCUUACACACACACACACACACACCGGUUGUCUGGUUUGUCUGGCUCUUGUUUGAUCCGCCGCUCGUGGGUUGGCUCCCUUCCUAGGUGUUGAACCUUCUUCUGUUUUGCAGUGGCUGUUUUUUUUAUAUCAUUUUAAUUGUGAAUGUUUGUCCACGACACGUUUUGAGUUUAUACGAUGAGUAUGCCAUCAUACACACAAUGUAUAUUUCUUUUUUCUGUGUGAAGCUGCUAUUUAUUUAUUAAAAUAUUAUUCUAAUGUG